UUUUUCCUGAUUAAACUUUCCCUUUGAUCUUCUAGAGUCUGCUUUAGUCGCUUUUAGAUUUUUGAAAUCCAGCUUUACAACCAAUUUAUCGCGCCCCCCACCCCCUUCUUGAUUUUUCAAAGUUAUUCAGAAAAAGAAAGUGCAGCCUGGAGACUGCUUCCCACAGCCGCGGGAUCCGCAGGCCAUCUUGUGGCUUUUCCCGACAGCAUUUCCUUGUAUGUGGAUGGAGUAAGAGGCUUGUGAUUCUGUCCCCCACCCAACCACAUUUUUUAAAAGUGUAAGCGGCAGAGCAGGAGGUUUGGAAACAAGUCGUAACCGGGAAACUUUUCAAAAGGCUCUGUUACAGUAGGAAAUGAGUAACGAGGAAAAAGCCUUUUUGUUUUUCCAAGUUGAGCCACCAUCAGGAGGGAGAGUUUUAAUGAAAACAGCCCUGACAGCAGAAAGCGUGGUUUAGCCGUGGCUCUCAAGCCUCCACUUCCGGUUCCUUCAGCUUUUGUGCAUAUAUUGGAAAUAUUUGUUACCAGAUCCAGAGGCUUGGAGUUAUUGUUCUUUUUCUUUUUUCCUCUCAGAUGAACAGCGAGCAGAGUAAAGUCGCUCCCAGUUUGGUGUCGUCGCAGUGUCCGGAAGUGAGACUGAGGAUGAGGACAGCAUGGACAGCCCCCUGGACCUUUCCUCUUCCGCCACCUCCAGCAAGAGGAGGAGAAGGGGCAACCUGCCCAAGGAGUCCGUGCAGAUUCUGCGCGACUGGCUGUUCGAGCACCGGUACAAUGCCUACCCUUCGGAGCAGGAGAAGGCGCUGCUGUCCCAGCAGACUCACCUGUCCACACUGCAGGUGUGCAACUGGUUCAUCAACGCGCGCCGCAGGCUGCUCCCAGACAUGCUGAGGAAGGAUGGCAAAGACCCAAAUCAGUUCACCAUUUCCCGCCGUGGGGCCAAGAUUCCUGAGGCCAGCUCUCUGGAGGCCGCGAUGGGCAUCAGAAACUUCAUGCCAGCCCUGGAGGAGAGCCCAGUUCAUUCCCUGGCAGCCGGACCCACCCCGCCCCUGGGGCAGCCACUGUCGCCCAAGCCCGCGUGCCCGGGACAGCUGCUGCCGCGCCCCUCGGUGAUCUGCCACACCACUGUGACUGCCCUGAAGGACGCGGCUUUGUCCUCCUGCUGCCAGCUGGCGGGCGCGGGGCCCGGCCCGGAGACGGCGCUGGGGCACCCGGAGGACACAUGUAAGUCGGGGCCCAGCGCGAACCCGCAGAGCGGGCUGUUCAACACACCCCCGCCCACACCCCCGGACCUCAACCAGGACUUCAGCGGCUUCCAGCUCCUCGUGGAUGUUGCACUCAAACGGGCUGCGGAGAUGGAGCUUCAGGCGAAACUAGCGGCCUGACCCCUCUCCAAACAUGGUGUGGUUGCUGGGGUGAAGAAUUGCAUUAUUUUAUAUAUUUUUUAUCAAUAUUUGCACAAGGGAUUGCUGAAACGUGCUUCCUGUUACUGCGACGUCAAUGGAAUACAGUCAUUCCGAGAACUAUAAACUCAAAGCUACUGUAGAAACAGAGGGUUGUCUUUUUUGUAAGUGUUUCUUGGUAGAUGAUGCAUAAUGUGAGAUGGUUCCCAAUAUCAUGUGAUUUUUGCCCCUUCCCUCCCCUCCUUUUUUGUUGGGUUUUUUGUUUCCCCAGACGGUGCAAUACUUAGAGAACUAUAGCAUCUCCCCAUUCCCGUGUGGAGCCAGGGUGUCCACAGACUGUCUAAUUAAUAAAUUUUCAGUUUGUUUUUUUUUUCAAACAAGUAUGAAUCUAGUUGAUUGAUACCUUUUUUCACGAUGUAAUAAAGUAUUUUCUUUAAAAG